UGUUUGCUCCUUCGGGCUGUAGAUGGAGCUGUCCGGCGCCGGCGAGGGGCAAGGCGGCCGCUCGCUUCUUCCUCUCCGUGGCCGGCCCGAGCGGGGCUCAGCACUCCCAGGAUGCAGUUUGUGUCCACACGGCCGCAGCCUCAGCAGCUGGGCCUGCAGGGCCUGGGGCUGGACGGCGGCAGCUGGGGCUGGGCGCAGGCGCUGCCCGCCGACGAGGUGUGCCACCAGGAGCCGGCGCUGCGCGGGGACAUGGCCGAGGGAAUGCCGCCCAUGCAGGCUCAAGAGUGGGACAUGGAUGCCCGACGGCCAAUGCCUUUUCAGUUCCCACCGUUCCCAGACAGGGCGCCUGUCUUCCCUGAUCGCAUGAUGAGGGAGCCCCAGCUGCCCACGGCUGAGAUCUCGCUCUGGACUGUGGUGGCUGCCAUUCAGGCUGUGGAGAGGAAGGUGGAUGCCCAGGCCAGCCAACUGCUGAAUCUGGAGGGCCGGACAGGCACAGCUGAGAAGAAGCUGGCAGACUGUGAGAAGACGGCCGUGGAGUUUGGGAACCAUCUGGAAAGCAAGUGGGCUGUGCUGGGGACGCUGCUGCAGGAGUACGGGCUACUGCAGCGGCGCCUGGAGAACAUGGAGAACCUGCUGCGGAACCGUAACUUCUGGGUCCUGCGGCUGCCGCCUGGUAGCAAGGGGGAGACCCCUAAGGUUCCUGUCACUUUUGUGGACAUCGCUGUGUACUUCUCUGAGGAUGAGUGGCAGAACCUGGAUGAAUGGCAGAAGGAGUUGUACCACAACUUGGUGAAGGAGAACUACCGGACACUCAUGUCCCUGGAUGCCGAGGCCCCAACACCCAAGUCAGCUGGCCCGUCCCAGCCAGAGCCCCGAGAGGAGCCGUGUGUGUGGGAGCAACGGAAUCCUGAGGAAAGAGAGAUUCUCCUGGAGCCUGAUCCAGAAACUGAGCCCCUGGCAUCUGCACCGGAAGCUGCCUCGCAGGUAAAGCGCGAGGACCCUCUAUGUGGCCGUGCACAGCGGAGUCUAGAGGACAGAGCCGUGGCCACUGAGUCCAUCACUGACUCACCGGCUUCUGCCCCAGACCUCUUAGCCCGGAUCAAACAGGAGGAACCCCCGUGUGUGUGGGAUCAGCAGGAUCUGACUGACAGGGAUAUUCCCACAGACCCCAGUUCAGAGUCCCUGCUCUCGGCACAUGACAUCUUGUCUUGGAUCAAGCAGGAGGAGCAGCCGUACCCGUGGGGUGCUCGAGACUCCAUGGACGGAGAGCUCGGGCUGGACUCUGGCCCUAGUGACAGCCUGCUGAUGGCCAAGAACCCAGCCCCUGCGCCCCCGCAGCCACCCCCUGCGGCAGCCCCACCUAGCCUGCCCACACUGCCUGCCUCGGAGACAGCGGGGACCGCGGGGGGCCCUAGCCGGGGUGCAGGCGCUCUGUUGGACGAGGCCUUCCCCGCGCUGCCCGGGGAGCGGGGUGCCGGCGCGGGUCCGGGGGUGCCGCCUCCAUCAUCAUCGAGCAGCGGGGAGGGUGGUGGUGGUGGUGGGAUCGGCAGCAGCGGCAGCAGCAGCAACGGCAGCGGCUCCACCUCCUCCGGGGGUGCAGGGAGCGGCGGGGUGGUGCCCGGGGGCGCAGGGGGCUGCGGCAGCUGCUGCGCCAGCGGGCUGCGUCGGAGCAUGCUGGUGCACAGCGGGGGAGCCCGCAGCAAGCCCUACUCGUGCCCCGAGUGUGGCAAGAGCUUCGGGGUGCGCAAGAGCCUCAUCAUCCACCACCGCAGCCACACCAAGGAGCGGCCCUACGAGUGCCAGGAGUGCGCCAAGAGCUUCAACUGCCACUCGGGCCUCAUCCGCCACCAGAUGACACACCGCGGCGAGCGGCCCUACAAGUGCUCCGAGUGCGACAAGACCUACAGCCGCAAGGAGCAUCUGCAGAACCACCAGCGGCUGCACACGGGCGAGCGGCCCUUCCAGUGCGCGCUGUGCGGCAAGAGCUUCAUCCGCAAGCAGAACCUGCUCAAGCACCAGCGCAUCCACACGGGCGAGCGGCCCUACGCCUGUGCCGAGUGCGGCAAGAGUUUCCGCUACAAGGAGUCGCUCAAGGACCACCUGCGCGUGCACGGCGGCGGCCCAGGCCUGGCCACCCCGCGGCCCCCGCAGGCGCAGGUGCAGGCGCCCCCCGAGCGAGACUAGGGCUGGGCCGAGGGGGCGGCCGGGGCCCCCACGAUCCCGCCCGCCUUCUCGGCGCGCCCUCCUGCCCUCUGCCUGCUGGCCGUCCGUCUGCUGGAACUCAG